UCAACUUCAACAUGGCGGACAAUGUGCAAUCUCAGCUUCAAACGGCUGGUAAAGAUCCGGAAGAUGAUCUGGAAGAUUUGUCUCAGCGUCACAAGAGAGAGCGAAAGGAAUUACAAGCAAAAAUACAAGCAUUGAAACGCAGUGUACCAAAAGGUGAUAAAAAAAAGAAAAAAGAAAUUGUGGCUGAAAUUGCUUUGCUUGAGGCCAAGUUAGACGAAAAACAUGAUAAAGAAAAGAAAGAAAGUGUUCAAAAUUACAACGAGGUUGAAAAUGACGAUAGUUCAGAAAUAGUAUCCCAGUUGAAUAUUUUAGAAAUUCAACCUCCUGAACAGAAGAAACCCACUAGGGCUCAGAAAAGACGGGAUAAGAAGUCUGCCCAGGAAAAAGAAAGACAAAAACGAAUCGAGGAAGCUGAAGCUGAGAGCGUCAAUUCCGCCAGAAAUGUUGAGCAAGAGAAGUUAAAAUCAAUGCUAACUGCAUUGGAACUGACCAUAAAGGAGAUUGCACCAGAUGGUCAUUGCCUUUAUAAUGCAAUUGCUGAUCAGCUGCAAAGACUUAAUAUUCAGCACACAUAUUCAAGCCUGCGAGAACUGGCAGCAAAAUACAUGCGUGAUCAUCAAGAUGACUUUCUUCCUUUCCUGAUCGACCAACAAACGGGAGACUGUUACUCACCUGAGGCUUUUUCCCAAUACUGUCAAGAACUACGUGAUACCGCAGUCUGGGGAGGACAAUUAGAGAUUCAAGCUAUUUCGAGUGCACUCCUAGUUCCUGUGAAAAUUUUUCAAGCUGUUGGACCAACUAUAGAAAUUGGACAGCAAUAUGAUAAUCAGGAAAUAAUGUUAUCAUUCCAUCAUCAUGCGUACGGUCUGGGGAAACAUUACAACUCUGUGAUCAGCAUUUAUGAAAAAGGAUAGAAGCUCAGCAUGUAUAUAAAAUGACAUUAUUUUCUAUGGGUAUAUCCUGCUGCACUUCUUACCAUUAAGUUAGGAUAUUAGUAAUUCUUUUUUUUAAAUACCUUAGGAUUAACUUAUCACAUUAACAUUUUAAAUGUAUAAAAAAAAAUUUUUUUCAAAAAAUUCAGCACUAGAUAGAUAAUAUUACAUAGAUAAUAGUAUAUUGAGAAGAUUUGACAAACAAAUCAUUUGGAAACUGUACAUAUAUUUUCAUUAUUUGAUUUAUUUCUUGUAUUUAGUCAUAUGUUUCCCUCACAAAUUAGUCUAUUAUGUACAAUAAUAAGUCAAUUAUAACCAACCAUGGAAUAGACUUUAUUAACCAUGUACAAUAAUAAGUCUAUUAUAACCAACUAU